AUGCUGCCCCAUCCUCCUCAACGAAUUAACCCAUUGAAGUUAAAGACUUCUUUAAAGAUGACAAUCAGUAAGUUGAAGUUUAUUCAAGAUAAGAAGACUGCAUUGGCUAAGCAACAGAGGAGACUGUUAGCGGACUUAUUGAAUCAAGGUAAAGAAUCAAGUGCCACAAUCAGAGUUGAGAAUAUCAUUAGAGAAGACAUAUAUAUUGAAUUGCUCGAACACUUGGAACUAUAUUGCGAAUUGAUAUUGGCAAGAAUAUCACUAAUUACAGAUCCAAAUAGAUUAACGUUAGAUCCAAGCUUGAAAGAGGCAGUUCAAUCCAUCAUUUACGCUACACCGAGUUCUGAAUUACCUGAAAUAACGAAUUUGAGAGAUAUUUUUGUUAUAAAAUAUGGUCCAGAAUUUGGUGAAAACGCUUCGAAAAACACAGAUGGCGCCGUACCAGAUAAAAUCGUGAGGAGGUGUGCCAUUGAACCACCCCCCGAGACACUCGUUAAGCUCUAUCUUUGUGAAAUUGCUCGAGCCUACAAGGCACCAUAUUCGGGUCUUAAGGAUAUAAGUCUGGAAACGGAUAGUGCAACGCAUGAAGAAACUAAAGAUGAUGACAGCUCUGACAAUGAUAAUCCAGGUUCUGGAACGGCCAUAAAAAACGAUCCGGUACCUAUAAGCGAAGACUCUGCUCAUUCAUCCUUUGAACCUGCUCCACAAAAGAAACCCCAGAAUGACUUUGAUGCAUUGAAAGCUCGUUUCGAUGCCCUUAGGGGUAACUGA